AUAUGUUUUUUUAAACACAGCCUUCAACUUCCUCUUGGGCAGUAAGAGCGCUUCAGUAGUAUAACAGCCAAGCUAACCGAGACGCAAAGCCGUCACUGUGAUGGAGGAACCGGUGUGAAGCGGCUCAAAAUAUUUUCUCCAUCUUUGAACUUUGCCAGGAAUUGUAAAUACAGACAUAUACUUUUAUAGUGGAUUAAAAUCGAAGUGCAGGGUUCACCAUGGGCUGUGUGGGGUCCAAGCCAGAUCAGGAUCCCAUUGGCAAGACAGUAGGCAAUGAAGACGGUCACAACCCAUCAACACAUUAUGUCCCCGACCCCACAACAGGCUCCAAAUCAAACAGAACUAACACGGGUACAGACGGUCCAGAGAACAUUUCCAUUGCCCUGUAUGACUAUGAAGCUAUGCAUGAAGGCGAUUUGGGCUUCAAGAAGGGUGACAGACUCAAAAUCUUGACGGAGUCUGGUGAAUGGUGGAAAGCAGCUUCUCUCAGCACUGGUCAGGAGGGUUUUAUCCCCAGUAACUAUGUUGCAAAGGAUACCCUUGAAGCCGAAGAAUGGUUUUUUAAAGGAGUCAGUAGAAAGGAUGCAGAGAGACAGCUGCUGGCCUCCGGUAAUAAAAUCGGAUCCUUCAUGAUCAGAGACAGCGAGACCACCCAGGGAAGCUACUCGCUGUCUGUCAGGGACUGCGACGUCCAAUCCGGAGACACAGUGAAGCAUUAUAAGAUCCGCACGCUAGAUAAUGGCGGUUUCUACAUCUCACCACGCAUCACCUUCAAUACCCUUCAGGAUCUUGUCAGCCAUUACAAGAAACAGAACGAUGGGUUAUGUCAGAGUCUCACCAGUCCCUGUCUGAGUCCCAAACCUCAGAAACCUUGGGAGAAAGAUGCCUGGGAGAUCCCACGUGAGUCUCUCAAACUAGAUAAACGUUUGGGAGCCGGUCAGUUUGGAGAGGUUUGGCUUGCCACAUACAACAAGCACACAAAAGUAGCCGUGAAGACUAUGAAACCUGGGAGUAUGUCCGUGGAAGCUUUUCUUAUGGAAGCUCAUUUAAUGAAAAGCCUCCAGCACGACAAACUGGUCCGUCUCAAUGCCGUGGUGACCAAAGAGGAGCCCAUAUACAUCAUCACAGAGUUCAUGGAGAAGGGUAGUUUACUGGACUUCCUUAAAAGCGACGAGGGAAAUCGAAUCCGGUUGCCGAAGCUGAUCGACUUCUCAGCACAGAUAGCAGAAGGGAUGGCUUACAUCGAGCAGAGGAACUAUAUUCACAGAGACCUUCGUGCUGCCAACAUCCUGGUCAAUAAGAGUUUAGUGUGUAAGAUUGCCGACUUUGGUCUCGCCCGUAUCAUAGAAGACAACGAAUACACUGCCAGAGAAGGUGCAAAGUUCCCUAUUAAGUGGACUGCUCCAGAGGCUAUCAACUAUGGGUCCUUUACCAUCAAAUCAGACGUGUGGUCUUUGGGCAUUCUGUUGAAUGAAAUCAUCAGCUAUGGUCGCACUCCAUAUCCAGGUAUGACGAACCCAGAGGUGAUCAGAGCUCUAGAGAGAGGUUAUCGAAUGCAGCGUCUGGAGUCCUGCCCUCAAGAGCUCUAUGACAUCAUGCUGGAAUGCUGGAAGAACAAGCCAGAAGACAGACCCACCUUUGAGUACCUGCAGAGCGUACUGGAGGACUUUUAUACUGCCACUGAGAGCCAAUAUCAGCAACAGCCUUAAUACACACACACCUAAAGAUGUGUAUGCCUAGUACCAGAAGCUUGCAGAUAUAUCUAUGCCAUCACAAUGACUUUAUAUAUGUAGUGAUUUCUACUGAUUGUGUUAUUUAAAUGAUCAUUAAAGUAACUGUUUAGUACAUCUAUUAACAGCAGUUUUACUCCUAUCAGGUAGAAUAUUUUGCCUUACAGUGAGUGUUGCACAGCGUAUGCUACGUUUCUAUUGUUUUUUACAUAAAAUUUAUAGUGAUAUUGUCGUCUUAAAAACUUUUAUGAUUUGUGAAGGCUGAUGUUGUGUGUGUGAAUAACAUGGAUGGAUUUGAAAACUUCAACCUACAUUAGGUUUCCCAUUAAUUGGGAAUGAAGUCACAAUUUCAUUAAAAUGUAAAUCAAUGUUUUAGGUCAGUGAAAUGAUCAACAUUCUCCAACUGCUCCAGAUAACUAUUUUCUUUAAGAAAAGAAAGAAAAUAAUUAUGUGUCCAGAAGGUUUAUUUGGAAGGCCUUUAAUAUUGUAAUUUUUGGUUUUUGUAAGUGUGAACUUGCUUGCUUUUUAAGAUUUUCAACUAUAUUUGGUAUUGCUGUAAGCCUACAUGAUACUUGCAUUUACAUAUUCUUAUUGACUUGUUGAUAUUUGAUUGGAUUUUGUGCAAUAACAAUAAAAAGUUUUGUAACUUACUGCAAUCAAAUUUUGAUGUA